UAAAAGUGACGUAAAAUUGUAAUGAUUAAAAGCAAGUUCGCGAAGCAACUGCCAAUCUUUAGAAAUGAAUUGCAAUGGGGGGUCGUCUUUGGGUGGUGAACAUAGAUCAGAUAUCUUUAUGGAUAUUAAACCAAUUAUUACAUAUGCAGGAGAUGAUAAAUUAUUUUCUACAUUGGAAAAUAGUUUACUUCAAGCCAUAUCUGCUGAUAUGGUAGAAUGGCGUAGAUCAUUUAGUAGACCAAUUAAACAAGUUAAAUUAGGAGCAACAUUUUUGCCAUUUUCCAAAGAUGUUUUACCAACUGAGAAAGAUUGGCAUCUUAUAAAACAGCCAAUAUUUCAUAUUUAUUGGACUGAAUGUUCUGAUGUAGAUACUUAUAAAUCAAAUAUCAGGGAAGAUAUAGAUAAUUGGUUGAAGAUAUUAACACAAUAUCACAUUCAAGAUUGGAUGAUUAUUAUAGUAGAAACUUAUGAUAUAAAAAAAACUAAUAAAUUAUUACCAAGAACAACAGUUCUAGAUAAAAUUCGUAGUGAUUUUGCAGCAAAGAAUGGUGAUAGAUGUUGUGCUGUUAUAAAUCCAAUAAAAUCAGAAAUGCGAUCAGCUGAAUCAUGGAGAAGUUUAAUUAACCGUAUACGUUAUUUAAUGCUUGUUGCAUAUGAUAAAAGAUUAUCUCAUUUUGAAGACAUUAUUAGAGAACAAAGAGAAAAUAGAAAUCAUCCAAAUUGGAAUUUCUGUCAUUAUUUCUUAUUACAGGAAGAGCUUGCAUUUGUUUUACAAAUGUUAGGAUUAUAUGAUGAAGCAUUAGUACAGUAUGAUGAAUUGGAUGCUCUUUUUACACAAUUUGUUCUUAAUUCCAAUGUAGGAGAUACACCAAUUUGGUUAAAUUUAUUUCAAACUCCAUUAAACAAUUGGGGUGGUGUUAAUUUAAGUAAUGGUAUAAAUCAUCAUUUAAGAAAUCUUUUGGCUGAAUGUAAAGCAUCAUUAUUAGAUCUUAGAAGUUACUUAUUCAGUAGACAGUGUGCCAUGUUAUUAUCACUUAACAAACCAUGGGAAGUUGCGCAAAGGUGCUUAUCAUUUGUUCAUAAUACAUUAAGCGAAUUACGUAUAUUAGAAGUUCAACGACCUGAAGGGUCUAUUGAAUGUUGGUCUUUUCUUUGUGCAUUAGAAGUAUUGCAAGCUUGUCAAUUAUCAUCUUAUAAUAUCGAUAAUAAUCAACAAUUGGAUCUUUGCUCCUUACAUACAGCUAGUUUAUGGGCUCUUGCUAGAGAUAAAUUGGGAAAUUUAGGAAAAUUAUGUGGAUUAAUGCCAGGAAAUGAACCAUCUAGUGAACAGUUACAUACAGUUGUUUAUUUAAUAGCUGGUAUGGGAGAUUCUGAAUCACAUUUAGAGGGUAAAUUAACACCUACUGAUAAAUUAAAAGAAGCACUUUCAUCAAAAGAAGCAUUUAAAAAACAAUAUCUUGAACAUGCUGAAUUGGCUAUGGGUACCUAUAAACAUGUAGGUCGAAUUCGAUCAGCCAGAUUAAUUGGGAAAGAAUUAGCUCAAUUUUAUAGUGAGCUUGGGGAGAACCAAAAAGCUGUUGCAUUUUUAUCAGAUGCUUUAAAAACAUACACUGAUGAAGGUUGGAGUCAUUUAGGAGCUCAAACUCAACUUGAAUUGGCGCAAUGCUACAAAAGAAUGGAUGAUGUUGAGAAAUAUACAAAAAUAUGUGCUGCAAUUGCUAGUUUAGAUGUAUUACAUAUUACUGUGCGAAAUACUUAUUUUGAAGAAAUGUUUGGAUAUAUGAAAAUGAUCUCAUCCCCACAACCUUUAUUCAUAGAAUUUGGAUGUGCUUUUGUGAUACAUAGUAUGGAAAUUAAAGUGAUGGAUAAAAUUGUUCAAGACUGUGUAGUUAAUAUUGAAAUAAAUAUACAAAGUUUAUUUCCUAGAGAAGUAAAUUGCACUAAAGCAUCUAUAUCUGUUGAAGAAAUUCAAAAACCUUUAAUAUCUAAUAAAAAAAAAGGUUCAAAAUUAACACCUGAACCAUUAAUACCGUUGUUAUCAAAAUGUACUUUAGAAGAUAUGAAACCAUUUGAUCCAACUUUACUUCAAUUACAAGUAUAUUCAUAUUUAGAUUAUAAAGAAGAUAAAAGUCUCGGAUCAGCUAGUGUUAUACACAGAAACACUAAGCCUAUUGUAAGACGUUCUGAUAGUACAAAACAUAGAAAACCAUCUAUAAAUGCAAAAGGUGAUUUUAGCAAAGCAUUAUUAUGUAAUGAAUUUAUUAUAAAACCAGGUAUAAACACAUUUACAUUAACUAGACGUGUUGAUCAACCUGGUUUUUAUAAAGUUGGUCAAAUAUCAUUAGUUAUUGAAGAAAAAUUGGAAUUUUUAUCUCCUAUUUUAAAUCCUCGAUUGUGUUACGAAGUAGCUAAAACUCAACCUAUAAUUUCCAUGAAAUGUGGUAGAGAUUUAUUGGCAGGUCUUAUUCAAGAUAUAGAACUAGUUAUUAUGAGUGGAAGUAUAAAAAUAACAAAGGAAAUGAAACUUAAAUUACGUACGUCUAGGGGAUUAAUAAUAAAAGUUGAUAGCUCUCAAGAAAUAAUGUCUAAAGAACUAGAAAUAUCACUGCCACUUUGUGAGCCAUUUCAAACAAUACAAUUAAAAUUUAAAGUUUUAGCUGAAUUACCACCAAAGAAAGAUUCAUUAUCAAUAGAACAUAAGUUGAAUAUACAAUGUCCAUGGGGUUUAGAAGAAAGCAUUCCUUUACAUUUUGGUCCACCACUUAUGUCAAAUAUGAAACUUCAUACAGCAAAGCAAAGAAAAUUUCUUCAAAUAAUUGUAACAGGAUUAACAAAUCAUCUUCUACAAUUAAUUGAGCCAGAAUUAACAACAGUAACAUCAAUAGAUGUUAAUUUUAAAAGUUUAAAUCCUAUUGCUGGUCAAAGAUUAAUAAUAGGUAAUGGGAUAAAUGUAUCAUUUAUGUGGGAACUUGAAAUUGGUAAAGACGAAAAGUCUUUGAUGCCAAUUAAGACUGAUUUUCGUGUAAAAUAUAUAUCAAUCAAUGAUACUGAAAAUCUGAAUGAUUCACAUACUAAUGAUGAUCCUUUGCAAAUUCAUAAUUUACAAAGAAUGGAAAAAGCAUCCAGUCUCUACAGAUGCAAUUUCGAUAUUACAGAUUAUGUGACUUUAUUUACAGUGUCUUCAAAAGUUGAAGCAGCUGGAAAUGGAGGUGAAUUUUGUCGUGCUGGUAGCAUGUGCCAUCUUUAUCUUACAGUAACACGUAUGUUACCUAGUCCAAAUCCAAAUCCUUCACCACAAUUAAUGUAUGAAGUUCUUGCUGAUCAAGCUAUGUGGGCUGUGUGUGGUCGUACUGCUGGUAUUGUGUCUUUGGAAGUAUUAGAAAAACAAAGUGUCACAUUAGACGUGAUGCCAUUAACUAGUGGUUAUUUACCUCUUCCUAUUGUUAGAUUGUCUCGAUAUAUUCCUGCACCAGAAUCAAAAAGUGAUAUGAUUCGUAAAAGUGAAAUAGUUUCUAGUUCAAGACUAGAACCAUUUAGUCCUGGUCAAGUUUACAAUGCUAGUAAAGCACAGCAAGUUCAUGUUUUACCAGCUGCACCUUCAGAAGCAAAUUGAAUGCAGAUAUUGGUAUUAAAAAUGUAUAAUACAUCUAUGGCAUUAUUAAGUGCAAAUUGUAUGUAUAUUUAUCAAGUCAGUUUCUAUGUUAUUUGGUAUAUUUUUAUAUAAUACUGAGUAAUAUUAUUAUUAUUAAUUUAUUAUUCAUUACUAUAUUAAGCUUGUUUAUGUUUUUUUAUUUUUUAUUUUUUUAAUUGAAAUUUGAGUUUUGGACAAACAGAAUUUAUAUAUAUUGUUUGAAAUUGUAUGUUUAUAUAAUGUUUGUUCAAAAAUCAAAUUUUAAUAUGCAUCACUGUACAUUUAUAUAAUAAGAAAUUAUAAACUUAAGUUCUGCCAUUAAAAAGCAGAGAAAAAAUAUGACAAUAUUUGAAUAGUAAGUCAAAUUCCAAAGUUUUUUAGUUCUGUAAUACAAUAACUAUAAUAUGAUCUUUUUUUCAUGUAAUAAUGUGAUUUAUAUUUUAGCAAACUUAUUAAAUAAUGUUAAUUUUCUAAUAUUGUUAUGUAGUUCAUAUAUAAUAUUCAAUCAAUAUAUUUUCUUAUUCAAUUUAAUUUAAAAUAAAUUAUAAAAAAUUUAUUAUUUUUAAUAUAUGUACUUAUAAUUUUUUUAUUAUGUACAUAUAGCAUAAUUAUCUUAAAUUGUUUUCUUUAUUUUUUAAAUAUUUGAUUUUUGAUUGAUGAAUGAUUUUUAUGACUUAAAUUUAUGAUAAAAUAUUCAUGAUAAUAUUUGAUUUUGAAAUUCUUAGAAAUUAUUGUAAUUGUAAAAUGAUUGAAUAUUUUUUUGUUGAGUACAAUUCUGUAAAAUCUGUAUAAAAGUUGAUCAAGAAUAUACUCAAUAUUGAAUAAGGACUUGAAAUUAUACAUAGUUUGUAUAAUAUAAACAAUAUAAAAAUAUCAAGAAAAAAUAAUUAACAUCUCAAGAAUAAGGAUGUUGUGUUCUAUAAUAAAUAUUUGUGAAAAAUGUAAGUAUAUGUAAGUAUAUAUAAAAAGAACAAGAAAUAUUAAUAAUAUAAACAUUAUUUAUAUUAUAUUUAGUUUUUAGUUUCAUUGUUCAAAAUAUAAAUAUUGCAAAAGGUAUCGUUAUAUUGCCAUGUUAAUUAAGAAAUUGCCUUUUGAUUUAAUAAAUAUUUCCAUUUACCAUGUAAAUAAGAUAAUUAUUGUAAUACUCAAUAUAAUAUUUAUAUGUUAGAAAAUGUUAAAAUUCGGCAUUUAUAUAAUAUAAAAUAAUAUUUUCCAAUGAUAUAAAAUGUAUUUAAAUAUAUAUAAAAAUAUCAUGGAAAACUUUAUUUCUAUAUUAUUUAUUAAUUAAUAGAUAGAUAUAAAACAUUAUGGAUAAAUCAAUAGAUAUAUAUUAAAUUUAUUUGAAAUUAAAUCAAUAUGUAUAUUUUUAAUUAUUUUUAAUGCAAAAUAUUAAAUUUCAUUUUUAUAUGACAAAAAUGAAGAUGCAAACAGCGAUCAAACAGAUCAAUUGUGUAUCUAUUAUUAUUUUGCAUUUUAAAUUUAACAUAACAUAGAUAAUGAAAAUUGUAAUAUUAUAAAUUAUUAAUACAAGUUCAAGUUUGUAUUAAUAAUUUUAUUGUAUCUAUAUAAUCCAGAAAAAUUUUAAUUUGUUUAAUAAUAUAAGCAAUUAUUCAUAAAAUUCUAAAAUAUUUCUGACAUAAUGUUAAGAUUACGAAAAUAUUAGUUUUAUGUAAUUCCAAGAUUAUUUGAUAAAAUUGUAUCCUACUCAAAAUAAUUACAUAUUGUAUAAUAAAUUAAAAUAUAAUUUUUAUUUUUUAUAUGUACAUGUUAAGAUGAAUUAAAUUCUGAAUAAACAAUUUUAUUAAAUAAAA